CCAAGCCAUCAAUCGCCCCGCGCACGCAUAGCCCGACUCUGACUGAGUACUGUCCUGCAGCUCAGUCGCUCGCCCGCACCCCUCCACCUCCCCAACAGUUUUAUGCAGCCAGAGCCUACUAACGAAAUCGAAAACGUCUCCACUCCACCAAUCGCCUCCGGAACCCCCUAUUCUCCCUCUCAGCAUGGACAGCGCCGCGACGAUGACCCGCAGCCUCCUCUACAACCUCACUCAGGUGGGUCGCGGGGAGAGUCUGAGUCACCGUCCGGUGGCAACACACGCGACGCGACGCGUUCAGAGACGCCCGGCGCGGAUGGCGAUGCUGAGACCGAGGGAUUGAAGAGUCUCAGACUGUCGACGCCUCCACCGAGAAACAGAAUCGACGAAUAUGAGAAAGCCUUGUCCAAGUCCACUCGGAAAAACCCGGAAGGACCUCUCUUUGAGGUCAUCAAGUCCAACCGGAAGCCUGACGACAAGCGCUCACCAAUCGCUCAUCUGCCCAACGAGGUCUUGAUCCAUGCCAUUGCCCACCUGUCGCCAAACGACCUCGCAGCUGUUGCGCUCGUCUCUCGAGGCUUCAACGACCUCGUCACGACGCCGCACGCAUGGCAGGUUGCCUUCGCCCGCUACUUCCCGGGCCCAGCUGCUCUCGAAGACGCCUCACACAACGCGAACUUGGAAGACAGCGGUGACAUCGUGCGGUCUGAGAAGAGGAAGUUCACAAGGCUUACCGCAUUGGCAUCAUGGAGGAGCGAGUAUAUCUUGCGUACUAGGAUGCUGCGCUCCUUGGUCCGCGGCAAGCCCAUGCAAGAUACUGUGACCCCGUCGCGCGCUGGUCUGGUGCAAAGCAUCCAUCCAGUAGUGACCUACGAGGCCAAGACGUACACGACGAUUAACCAUCUUCAUGCUUCGUUUGGCACCGGUCUCAACAAGAAGGAGCCGCGGUUCAUUCAUGGCGCGGACGAUGUUGGCAUGGUCACUGCAAGUGACCCAACAGUUGCAAAAGUGGAUCCUUGGGGCCAAAGCGACCCCAACUUCUACAGCCAGUUCUCAGAACGCUUCCCAGGAACUGCCGAGUGGGGUCUUGGAUCUGGUGAGGUUGUGGGAUGUCCGAAUGUCAUGGACGUGUCGCAGCCUCACGGCAUGAUAUACGGUCAGGGCUGUCCGGAAGGCUCCUGCUACUAUCGCGCGACUGACGAGAUGCGCGGUCGCUUUAUUGCAGAGCCCCUGGACUUCACCAAAUCUGAAUUUGGAAUUCCCAAGCUGGGCAUUGACGGUGGAGCCAUCUGCUGUGUCUGGAUUGCGAAGUCCAAUACCAUCCCUACUCUUUCAGAAGGGACCAUUGGAAUGAUGAUGGGCUCUGCUGCCGGUGUGGUUUCUGCCUGCAGUCUCGGUACCGAUGGUGUGAAGGCCUCACGUCUGCAGCGUGGUGAGCUGACUGCCCGUUGGAUUCUCAGCCCUGGCGUUCCAAUUGUCUCUAUCGUCGUGGAUGACAAUUACUCUACCAAGAGACAGACCCAGAACCGCAUCUGGGCAGUAGCCCUCAACGCCCUCGGUGAGCUGUUCUACCUUACCAAGUUUCCGACUCGCAGCCAAGCUACCACGACCGACAUUGCAGAACCUACCGAAUACUUGGCCUGGCUCACCGGACGCAGCGUCUACUGGAAUCUCGUUGAGCCUAGUAGGCGCGUUGCACGACCGGAUCCUUACAGCGACGCUGAGGUUGACGGCAGCUACUCCCCUCGUACAUCGUGGGAUGGUAUGUGCUUAGGCAAGCAACAGAUCGCUGCAGAGACGAGAGAGAUCCAGCAGUUCCUUCGAAAACCACCGAAGGACUUCCGGAAGACCUGUCUUGGCUGGGACAUGCGCAGACGCCUCGAAGUCGACUUCGCAGGUGACGAUGGCAACUACGCAGGCGAAGCAAUUGUCGUCUUCGAGUGUGGUCUGGACGAAGGCCAUAGCGCUGAAAUUACACGCUUCACUCGCUGGAAGACAAACGAGAAGGACAAGAGCACCGCUACUUCCACUCGAACAGCAACGCCACAAACACCUCUGGCUCCGUCGCUAUUCGGCGGUCCUGGUGUUGGCACAUUGGAUGUUGCGCAAGCACCUCUACGUAACCGUAGCUCCUCGUACACGUCUUCUAGUAGCUCACCGGAGCGGGCCAGCCUCGUGGAAGAGUGGCGAACCUCCAAGUUCUCAUUCGGCGGUUUCAAGAGCACUCGACUGACUGUGACGGCGCUGGACAACUCAACCUUUGCAACGCUCACGCUGUCCGAAGAUCCCGCACUUGGCUUCUCGACAGCUUCUACAGCAUCGUCACCCUACGCAUCACCCAUGUCCGUUGCAAGCCAGCCAGCGUCGCCCGCAGACAUUCCCGGACAGCGAGCGCGGUUUCUCGCAGCUGGAACUAAGAGUGGAGUUGUGCUUAUCUGGGAUGUGAGAGCACCCGUCUCACGCUCAUCCGAGUACUCCAACAAUAUCGAACCCCUACGCAUCAUCUACACUGACUCUCCUGAGAUCUCGUCACUAGCUUUGACCUCCCUCUACCUUGUCGCUGGUGGUAACGACGGUCUGGUGCAGGCAUGGGACCCGCUCGCGUCCAGCAUGUCGCCCAUUACGACAUUGCACUCACGCCAUGCAUCUCGCGCUCGCAGACGACUAGUGCAAGCGCAAGCCUCUGUUCAAGGUGUCGGCAUUAACAUGUUUGCUGCUGGUGCUGUGUGUCUUGACCCAGAUCCAACAGUCCUUCGCGGCGCUGUCUCACUAGGCAAUCAGCUGCGUUGGUGGAGCUUCAGCUCAUCGGCGGCUGAUCAGUACAAGAGUAGCAAACGCCGCCUCCGUCGUACUGAGCGCGGCACGAACCAAGCCAAUGAACGCUUCGCUGGAACCGGACGAGUGAAUCUGAAGGGAUACAUCGAGAACGAGCAGUUCGAGCUGGAGCGCGACAAAAUCCAGAGACGCAAGCAGGCUGAGCGACAAGCUGCUCGCUUCGGUACCGAGCUCCUUGAGGACGAAGAUGAAGCACUUGCCUAUGCUUUGAUCUUGUCUCAAGAGAAUGCAGAGGCGGAAGAGAAGAAGCGUCGCGAAAGCGAGUUCAUCGAACUAUCUCGACAAGACACCGUCAAGCCUGAGUCCAGCAACAACGCCCAGUCCUCCUCACACAACGGUCCGAGCGCGAACGAAGAAGAGCUCGACCCCGACAUUGCCGAAGCAAUCCGCCUCUCCCUUGGAGAAAGCAACGGCGCCGACCCCUUCUACUCCGACCCCACCAAGCCUUCGGCCUUCGACAUCCCAAUCAAGUACGCUAAAGGCAAGAAGUCCGCUUCGAGCUCGCCCUGGAACGCGCCAGCUAAGAAGAGCAAAGCGAAUGCUGACACGAGUAACGGCAAUGAGUUGAGUGACCUGGAGUUUGCGAUGCAGUUGAGUCUUGCGGAGGAGCAGAGCAGGAAGGAGAUGGAGGAGGAUCAAUUUCCGGCGCUGAGUCCGAGGCCGGGCGGUGGCAAGGGGAAGGGGAAGGCGAUCGGGUGGUAGGACUGAUUUUUAGUUUGGCUUUUGAGAUAUGUUUAAUACCUUUUGCUUCCUUUACUUCUGUGGGCUUGUUCAUUUCUUGAAGGCGUAGCGAGAUGUUGGAUUUGUCGCCAUUUCAAUCUCCCUCAUGCUAGGUUUGAGAACGAUGACUUUACCAGAUUACUUGGAC